UUAUGCAAGGCUUAUUACUGAGUGCUAGACUAGCCAGGUUUGAUCCUGCUCAGGAUUGUAUUAAUAAGAAACUAGCAGCUUCUUCAAGAUGAAAACAAAUGCAGUGAUCCGUUUGAUGUCAGUGCUGUCUAUUUGUAUCCAGAUGGUACAAAGUCAGACAAUCAAGCCGGAGAUCACGCCUAAUGAUUUCCAAGCCAAAAUCACCACUAAUUCUGUAAUACUGAAACAGCCGCAUUGUUAUUUUACCCAGACAUGCACUCCAGAUGACUGUGAGAUAUGGCUGGUGUCGUCGCUAUUCUCAGCAACCAGCACCUUUGAAACGGACAGAAUAAAUCCCAACAUCCUCAGCCUGUCACCUUACCCAGCAGCAUUCAGUGGCCAGCUGUCAAAGAACUACUUUCUGACCAAAGUUGGACUUAAGAAAGAUUUCCCUUGCAGUGCAGCCUCAGAUGAUCUCUACUUCGUUGUCGGAGCAGACGGAAACUGCACUACCACCAACUGUAAUGGAGUAUUACCUGUUGGAUCCACUGUUAGAUUCAAGUAUGUUCUUGUGAAUGGAAACAGCCAGACUAUUCUUAAUCAGACAGACUGGUCUGACAACAUCACACUUUACACUCCAAAAGACCCUCAAAGCAUCUAUGAUGGCCUAAAUAGGAGAUCUGGUGCCAUGGUUGUCAUUACUACCAUCCUCUGUGUGGCUGUGGCUCUACUUUUGCUCUUUUUCUUCAUCAUGCUAUGCUUAGUCUGCUGUGGCAGAAAAGACUCCAAGCCCAUCACAGUUAUGAACUCAUUUCGUAUCCCCCACUAUGACACCCAUAACCUGAAGGACUCAGUGCACCCCUACGACAAUCCUGCCUAUGAAUCAGGGGGGAAAAAGUAUUCCACGUCUGACACUCUGCCCAAGUCUGGAGUAAUUCAGACUUCCGAUGGCAUAAAGCUACAAAAACUGUGAGCUUCCAAAGACACCAUCAUUACUUUACGUAUAUCGGGAAAACAAAUCUACUGUGCAGUAUUUUCUCUUUCAAUACGUUUAAUAGAAAACAGAGAAGACUGGAUAGACUGUUUUAAACAGUAUGAUGACACUCUUAAAAAUAAAGAUUACAGUUAAGAGCCUGAUGCCAUAGUAGAACAUUUUUAAGUGCCACAAAAAGCAUUUUAUUCUCUAGUUCUUUGUGUUCUGUUGCUUUAAAGAACCCAGAAACUAAAACACCGAUCUGAAGUUAUUUUAUUUUUUUUAAUCUCCAAAGAACUAUAGAACCAAUAAACAGCAAAAAAUAGUUCUUGUUAAACCUAAGGUGCUGCAAAGAACCAUGAAAUAAAUUUAUUUUGAAAAGUGUAAUAGAAAGGACAUGAGGAAAGCAAAUUACGGCAUUAAUUGUAUAACACUUAAAUUGUGCAUGUAUGUUACAUGGCUGUCUGUCUAUCAAGAGCUUUUUGAUUAAAUGGCACUUUUAUAAACGCUGAUGUCAUCAAAUCUGUGUCCUGUAGAACUUUUUCCUGUAUGUUGAACAAUGUAACCAGAAUGGCUUUGUUGAAAGCAUAUUUGUAACCAUUAACUUUUUCCAAAUUUUUAAGUAAACUCUUGUGAGCAUUGUUUAAUGAUCAAAGGUAAAAAAAAAAAAGAAUAAUACAAAAAAAUAAAAAACGUCCACAAAACACACUUAUUACAUUGACUGCCACAUGCAGAUGUGGUUCACUAGAUGGUGCUGUUUAGUGGCAAAGCAAAUAUGUCCCACUGUUACAGUCAUUUUAAUGUUGCCUAGUGGGGAGUUGACAAAUGAUGAAGACAUUUGUAGGCAUAUUUCUUUAAGAUUACACUUUUAGGUGAAAAUUUUACAGCGGUAACCUAUCACAUGGGGAAUUUGUUACAAGGGCCAUAUCUUAGUGACAAUGUUGCCAUACAUUUAGGCAAGGGUCAACAAAAUGAAUGGAUUUGUGUUUUGUUAUUGUUUUGCUGUUGAGAUUUUGCUGAAAAUCUAUUGUUAUUAAUUAAUUAAUAUUCCAGGUUCAAUACAAGUUGAUUAACACAAUCGACACCAUUUUUGGCAUAAUACUGAUUAACAGAAAAAUGUAUUGCGACUCAUCCCUCCUUUUCUUUAAAAAAAAGCAAAAAUCUGUUACAUUGAGGCACUUACAAUGGAAAUGAAUGGGGGCCAAUCUGUAAACAUUAAAAUACUCACUAUUUCAAAAGCAUAGCCACAAGACAUAAACAAUAUGCAUGUUAACAUGAUUUUAUUGUGAUAAAAUUGCAAACUAACCUUUUCUGUGUAGAGUUAUAGCCAACUUUACAACUUUGUUGCUAUGAUGUAAGGUCAACAAACCCUAAAAUGACUGUAAAAAUAAUGAUUUGGACAAAUUUACAGCUCAAAUAAUACAAUUAAUUUUAACAAAGAAUUAAUAUAAGUGCUUUUAUAAAAUUAUAAGCUUCACAUUUCUGCCUAUAAACCCUCCAAAAUUUAGCCACAUUCACUUCCAUUGUGAGUGCCUCACUGGAACACAGAUUUUUGCCUUUUUUAAAGAAAAGGAUGGACGAGUUGAAAUAAAUUUUUGUGGCAAUCAACAUUAUGCCACAAAUGCUAUCAGUUGAGCUUAACUUGUCUACACAGAAAUGACUUUAACUCUCCUUUGGUAUUGAAAAAUGGCACCUCCUUUUGUUAUUCGUGGUCAUUUUUGACCGGAAGGGUGAUGAUGAUAAUAAUACAAUUUCUUCAAGAACAAGAACAAUAAAAUUAUUCAUUUCUUUUGGGAUUUUA